AUGGCCCGCCUGACGGAGAGCGAGGCGCGCCGGCCCCGGCCCACCCCGGUGGGCAGCAGCGGGUCCGAGCCCCCCGGCGCGCAGCCCGACGGCGCCAAGGACCUGGACGCCAUCAAGCUGUUCGUGGGCCAGAUCCCGCGCAACCUGGACGAGAAGGACCUCAAGCCGCUCUUCGAGCAGUUCGGCCGCAUCUACGAGCUCACGGUGCUCAAGGACCCCUACACGGGCAUGCACAAAGGUUGUGCCUUUCUCACCUACUGUGCGCGGGACUCCGCCAUCAAGGCUCAGGCUGCCCUGCAUGAGCAGAAGACCCUGCCCGGGAUGGCUCGGCCGAUCCAGGUGAAGCCUGCAGACAGUGAGAGCCGCGGAGGUAGGGACCGGAAGCUGUUUGUGGGGAUGCUGAACAAGCAGCAGUCAGAGGAGGAUGUGCUGCGGCUCUUCCAGCCCUUUGGGGUGAUAGACGAGUGCACGGUGCUCCGGGGGCCUGAUGGAAGCAGCAAAGGCUGUGCGUUUGUGAAAUUCUCCUCCCACACAGAGGCGCAGGCAGCCAUCCACGCCCUGCACGGCAGCCAGACCAUGCCGGGCGCCUCCUCCAGCCUGGUGGUGAAGUUCGCAGACACAGACAAGGAGCGGACGCUAAGGCGCAUGCAGCAGAUGGUGGGCCAGCUGGGCAUCCUGACGCCGUCCCUCACCCUGCCCUUCAGCCCCUACAGUGCCUACGCCCAGGCCCUCAUGCAGCAGCAAACGACUGUCCUGUCCACUGCCGGCAGCUACCUGAGCCCUGGCGUGGCCUUCUCACCUUGCCACAUCCAGCAGAUCGGUGCCGUCAGCCUUAAUGGGCUGCCUGCCACACCUAUCACCCCCACCUCUGGAUUGCACUCCCCCCCGCUGCUUGGCACUGCCGCUGUGCCCGGCCUCGUGGCCCCUAUUCCCAAUGGCUUUGCAGGGGUAAUGCCAUUUCCUGGUGGGCACCCCGCCCUCGAGACUGUCUAUGCCAAUGGCCUCGUGCCCUACCCAGCUCAGAGCCCUACAGUUGCCGAGACCCUCCAUCCUGCCUUCUCCGGAGUUCAGCAGUACACAGCCAUGUACCCCGCUGCGGCCCUCACACCCAUCGCGCACAGUGUCCCCCAGCCGCCACCCCUUCUGCAGCAGCAGCAGCGAGAAGGUCCCGAAGGCUGUAACCUGUUUAUCUACCACCUCCCCCAGGAGUUUGGAGACUCGGAGCUGACCCAGAUGUUCCUGCCCUUCGGCAAUAUCAUCUCCUCCAAGGUGUUUAUGGAUCGGGCCACCAACCAGAGCAAAUGUUUUGGUCCCGCAUCUCCAGGCCCUGCACCCCAGGCCCCCCAGCAGCCCUGGAGAUCAGAGGGCCUCCGCGUGCCCACCUUCCGGCUCCACCCCGCGCUCUCCGCAGGCUUCGUGAGUUUUGACAACCCAGCCAGCGCGCAGGCCGCCAUCCAGGCCAUGAACGGCUUCCAGAUCGGCAUGAAGCGGCUCAAAGUGCAGCUGAAGCGGCCCAAAGAUCCGGGACACCCCUACUGACCCCACCCACAGCCGCCCCAAGCUGCCGGCUUGGCCCAGGUGAGCCGCCAGGCGGCCCCCCCUACCCUGCGCACCUCACACCCCUCCCUGGCCCAGCCCCCUUCGUCUGCACCCUCUGCCCAGGCCCAGGGUGGUGAGGGAAUUUUGGAGGAGGUUUCGAAGCAUGAGUAGGAGAUCUCCUGAGACCCUCUGGGGCUGGGUGGGUGCUGUGUCCAGGAGCUUCUGUCUUGUCCUGUGAAAAUGUUCUCCCAGCCAGACCCCUCAUUUGCUGUGAUUUAUCCCCAGUGGGGUGAGGGUUAAGUGGGG